AUGGCUUCACACAACCCGCCGCCGUGGCGCACCGAGCGCAGCAAUCUGCCGCAGCGGUCUGCGCCCUCUGCGACAGUGCCGGCGAAGCGAUCGGCCGACUCGCGAGCACACGACAAACCUGCGAAACGGGCGGCCAACACGACAAACGCGGCCGAGGAGGCGUGGGUGGCAGACGAGGACCGCUUUGUGCUGGCGCAGGCAAAAAAGAAGGCGGCGCUGCGCGUAAAAGGCGGCCGCGCCAAACCCAUCGACUGGCUGGCCGUCAUCCUGCGCUUCGUCGACCCGACCAAGGAACUCCUGGACGACGAGGUCGAAGAUGCCGAGCUGGAGGUGGUGGAUCCCGAAGGCGUGCUCGAGGGCCUCGACGCCGACGAGCUCUCGGGCUUGGAGAAGGAGAUUGAAAACUACCUCACACUGGAGACGAACCGCAGCAACCGAGACUACUGGAAUGCCUUGAAGUCCAUAUGCAAGGACCUCCGCCGCAAGUCGAAAGCGUCGGCAUCCGAAGGGCGCGGCACCAGCUCGGUCGCCGCAGACAUCGACAAGCUGCUCUCGCCCAAGACGUACGAGCAGCUGGAAACGCUCGAGGCGCAGGUCAAGCGCAAGCUGGACUCGGACGAGCCCAUCGACUACGACUACUGGGAGCAGUUGCUGCGCAGCCUGCGCGUGUGGAAGGCCAAGGCAAAGCUGCGGCGCGUCUCCCAGGAGAUCAUCAAGGAGCGGCUCCAGGGCCUGCGUACGCAGCAGGCAGAAGCGGCGGCGUCUGUACAGGGCAGGAUACACGACAUGCUCAAGGCUGCAGAUGGGUCAAGAGAGGAGCGCCCCACCACAGUCGCCUACGAUGCAUCGCUCGACCCGGAGCCACUACUGAAGCUCCGUACCGAGGACAAGGGCAUGGCACAGAUCGAGGAGAAAACCUUUCUGGACGAUCUCGCCAACGAGCGCCGCAGGGUGCAGAAGCUGGGAUACGUCCCCCUGCAGAACAUGUCCCACGAUCGCAGCAACACCGAGAGCAAGCCCAUGACCAGCCAGGCCGUCACCACAAGCGCUUCCAGAUUUGCCCCCGUCGAGAAGGAAGACUAUUCCCAAGCGACCAUGGCCCUUUAUGAGAGGGAGGUCGCGAGGGGCGUCGAGGAUGGCGAGGAGAUCUUCACAGCCGAAGAGGAAGUCGCGUCGGCGCGGCCGCAGUGGGCGGGCGACUACAAGCCGAGAAAGCCUCGCUACUUCAACCGCGUGCAGAUGGGCUAUGAAUGGAACAAGUACAAUCAAACGCACUACGACCACGAUAAUCCCCCGCCCAAGGUUGUGCAGGGCUACAAAUUCAACAUCUUCUACCCAGACCUCGUCGACAAAGCAAAAGCGCCCACGUACAAGAUUGAGCGCGAAAACGGUCGCAAGCGCGGACAGUCUUUCGCGCCAGCUGGUGAAGACGACACAUGCCUCAUCCGAUUCAUCGCCGGCCCACCCUACCAGGACAUCGCCUUCCGCAUCAUCGACAAGGAAUGGGACUACAGCGCCAAAAGGGAGCGCGGCUUCAAGAGCAGCUUCGACAAGGCCCAGCGCCCUUUUGCUCACACCAUCGCAUCUGGACAUUCUGCACAUGGCGUGGACUACGACAGGGUCAAAAGCGGACAUCUCGCGCGACUUGCACAUCAGUAG